AUGGAACCUCCUCCCAAGCGGGCCCGAUACGACUCAGGCGUCAAGUCUCACGAGGACACAGUCGAAGCUCCAACCUCAUUGACGCGUUCGAUCAGCCCCCCAGCGAGAAAGCGGACUACCCGCAAUGGCCCGGUAGUGAUGAGUUCCCCCAUCAAGCUCACACGAAUUGACGAUCUGCCAGACCAUUACAAUCAGGGGACAGUCACCCUUAAAACUCUCCUCGGUGACCCUCUGAUCAAGGAAUGUUGGAAUUUUAACUACAUGCACGACAUCGCGUAUAUUCUCGAUGCCUUUGAUGAGGACGUCAGAAACCUAGUGAAGCUUCACAUCGUCCACGGAAACUGGAAGAGAGAAGACCCCGGCAAAAUCAGACUCGAGGCAGAGGCAGCGAAGUAUGCCAAUGUCAGCCUCCAUGUUGCCCCCAUGCCCGAGAUGUUUGGCACGCAUCACUCAAAGAUGAUGAUCCUGCUUAGGCAUGAUGAUACCGCCCAAGUCAUCAUUCACACAGCAAACAGCAUCGUCCAGGACUGGACAGUGCUAACCAAUGGCGCUUGGCUAUCGCCGCUACUACCGCUUCUAAAGGACCCAAAGAAAACUGGCAGCAAGCAAGCCCACCCUCUAGGCAGCGGAGAGCGGUUCAAGGAAGAUCUUUUAGCAUAUCUACGAGCUUAUGACGCACGAAGGCCCACUUGUAAACCUCUUGUCGAAGAAUUAUCCAAGUAUGACUUCUCCGCCGUAAGAGCAGUUCUCAUAGCGAGUGUCCCCGGACGCCAUCCUGUGCGGUCUUCUCAACCGUGGGGAUGGGUUGCGCUGAAGAAAGCUCUAGCCGAGGUGCCCGUCCAGCACGGUGCUUCUGACGUUGCUGUGCAGAUAUCAUCCAUAGCAACUCUCGGGCCCAAAGAUACAUGGUUGAAAGGCACCUUUUUCCAAGCGCUGUCCGCCUCGAAGUCAGCAUCCGCGGGUCGACCAAACUUCAAGGUGAUGUUUCCCACCGUUGAUGAAAUUCGACGGUCAGUCGCCGGCUAUCGAUCGGGCGGUUCCAUACACAUGCGGAUCCAAUCCAAGCAGCAGGCCAAACAGUUGGAGUACAUGAAACCCAUGUUCUACCACUGGGCGAACGAUGCCCCUAAAGGCAAAGGUGAGGCAGAGAUUCAUAACAGCGGGAGGAACCGGGCAGCCCCACACAUCAAGACUUAUAUUCGCCAUGGCGAAGAUUCCAUCGACUGGGCGUUGAUUACUUCGGCAAACCUAUCAAAGCAGGCGUGGGGUGAGGCUCCCAACGCUGCACAUGAGGUCCGCAUCGCUUCAUGGGAAAUUGGGGUGUUGGUUUGGCCAGAGUUACUAGUAAAGGAUUCUAUCAUGAUUGGGGCUUUUCAAAACGACACACCGUCAAAAGAGGUGACGGAGAACGGCGGGAAAACGGCGGUGGUCGGCCUUCGGAUGCCCUAUAGUCUCCCCCUACAGAAGUAUGGCAAGGAUGAGAUACCAUGGGUUGCCACCAUGUCUUACCCAGAACCCGACUGCUUGGGGGAAUUUUGGACGGAUUAG